AUGCAGGUCGUCUGGAGUCUUCAAGUGAAGGUGACUGGUGGACAUCAGGAUAAGACACUGACCUGUAUCACCACCUGUACUCUGACUGACAACCCCACCUACAUCUGGUACAAGAACGGACAACAUCUAGAUGAGAGCACCUCCCCCCAGUACAAAGACCCAGUCUCCAGUAACUAUGAAGACAGCUACUCCUGUGCUGUAAAAGGCCAUGAGGAUCUCCACUCUCCUGCAGUGUGUGUCCAGGGUCAGGACUGCAACACAGUGACUUACACCAAGAGGACAAUCUGUGUCUUGAAGGGGUCAACAGUGGACAUAUCCUGUACUUAUUUCAGUCUUCAUAACAUAACAUCAUCACUCUGGUUUAGUCCUAAACAGAGUGACAGCUGGAGGAAUGAGUUGAUCCCUGAGGACCUAACCACAGACCCAGGGUAUGCAGGUCGUGUGGAGUAUGUUGGAGAAAAGGAGAGAGGUCACUCCACCCUGAGAAUCACAGAUCUGAGAGAGGAGGACUCUGCUGAGUACAAGUUCAUAUUCAACACACAGAUAUCAAGAUGGGGACACAGUUUCCCUGGAACAACUCUGACUGUCACAGACCUGCAGGUGAAGGUGACUCCUGCCACAGAGGCAGGGAAGAGGACACUGACCUGUAUCACCACCUGUACUCUGACUGACAACCCCACCUACAUCUGGUACAAGAACGGACACAAAGUAAAGGAGGACUCUUCCAGACUGGACUCAGACUUCUUUAGUGAUGCAGACAGUUACUCCUGUGCUGUAAAAGACCAUGAGGAUCUCCUCUCUCCAGCAGAGUGUAAGAAGUGUUGGAGUGUGACUUACACCCAUCAGAGUAUCUGUGCCUUGAAGGGGUCAACAGUGGACAUAUCCUGCUCUUACACAUAUCCCAGUUACCAUGAGAUCAAACAAGCUUUCUGGUUUACUAAAUGGUCUGGUAAGGAUGCUGAAGAUCUGAGCUCAGUGCCAGGGUAUGAGGGUCAUAUAGAGUACCUUGGGGAUAAGAAGAGUGACUGUACACUGAGGAUCACAGACCUGAGAUUGAGUGACUCUGCUGGGUUCAGGUUCAGAUUCAUAACAUCUGGAGGAAAGUUUUCUGGCUCACCUGUCUCCCUGACUGUCACAGAUGUUGUGUUGGAGAUGGAUCCUACAUCUGUGUCAGAGGGAGAGAAUGUGACACUGACAUGUAGAACCAACUGUACACUGGUCCCCAACACAGUCUACAGUUGGUAUAAGAAUGGACAGUCUAUACCAAACAGCAACACCUCCUCUCCUGUCUAUAUCCUAUUCUCAGUCAGCAGUGAGGAUACAGGCAGAUACUCCUGUUCUGUAGAAGGACAUGAGGAUCUCCCCUCUGCUGAAGAGACUCUCACUGUCAGAUAUGGUCCAUGGAACACCUCAGUGUCAGUCAGUCCCUCUGGUGAAAUAGUGGAGGGCAGUUCAGUGACUCUGACCUGCAGCAGUGAUGCCAACCCACCUGUGGACAAAUACACCUGGUACAAGAAGAACGUAACCUCACCAAAAGCAUCAGGACAGAGUUACAACAUCACUAACAUCAUCUCUGAGGACAGAGGAGAAUAUUACUGUGAGGCCCAGAAUGGAAGAGGAUCUAUGAACUCUACAGCUCUGAUGAUCAUUGUAGCAGGGAAACAAACCCCAGUUCUGACUGCAGCUGUAGGAAUCAUAGUGGUUGUUCUGGUUCUCAUCCUCUGUCUCUCUGGACUCAUGUGGUUCAGGAAGAAGGCCUCCAAAUCCACCUCUGACACAAGAGACACAUCAGAGAAUGUACAGGGAGACUCUAGUCCAGUGUAUGAAAACGUCUCAAGCCUGUCCACAGCCCCUACUGCAGCACAGACAGAGUCCACAUACGACCAGGAUGAUGUCCACUACGCCAGCGUCCACUUCUCUCGCUCCAAAAACCAGGAAGUGCCUCUGUACUCCACCGUCCAGCUGCCUCAGCCCCAGAAAGAGGAUGAGGAUGUCCAGUACGAUGCUGUGAAAUUCAACCUCCCCAGUGCUGCCACCCUACCCACGGCAGCACAAGCAGCUGAGGAGGACUCUUCUGUUCUCUACAGUACAGUCAACAAACCUGAACCAAGAAGACCUGAACAUUACAAACCCAGAACCAAGAAGAACUGAACACAAUAAACCCAGAACCAAUACGACCUGAACACAACAAAGCCAGAACUAAGAACACCUGAACACAACAAACCCAGAACCAAGAAGAACUGAACACAACAAACCCAGAACUUAUAAUUAUGUGUGAAUACAUUGUACAUGCCGGUGGCCCCAUUGGGAAUGGAAGCUCAGUUGUGCACCGGGGCCUCCCACUCCUCUUUCUAUUCUGGUUAGAGCCAGUUUGCUCUGUUCUGUGAAGGGAGUAGUACACAGCAUUGUACGAGAUCUUCAGUUUCUUGGCAAUUUCUCUCAUGGAAUAGCCUUCAUUUCUCAGAACAAGAAUAGACUGACGAGUUUCAAAAGAAAGUUAUUUGUUUCUUGCCAUUUUGAGCCUGUAAUCGAACCCACAAAUACUGAUACUCCAGAUACUCAACGAGUCUAAGGCCAGUUGUAUUGCUUCUUUAAUCGGGACAACAGUUUUUAGCUGUGCUAACAUAAUUGCAAAAGGGUUUUCUAAUGAUCAAUUAGCCUUUUAAAAUUAUACACUUGGAUCAGCUAACACAAUGUGCCAUUGGAACACAGGAGUGAUGGUUGCUGAUAAUGGGCCUCUGUAGAUAUUCCAUUAAAAAUAUGCCGUUUCCAGCAACAAUAGUCAUUUACAACAUUAAUUAUGUCUACACUGUAUUUCUGAUUAAUUUGAUGUUAUUUUAAUGGACAAAAAAUGUGCUUUUCUUUUAAAAACAAAGACAUUUCUAAGUGAAAUUUUCAUUAAAAAAUAUAUACACUUAAUCAAAUUUAUGAGAUUAUAUAUGAACAUUAAAUCUUUUUUUCUAUUUUGUUCCUAUUCUAUUACAUUAUACAGUCCUGUACUAUUCUAUUAAAUUAUACAGUCCUGUACUAUUCUAUUACAUUAUACAGUCCUGUACUAUUCUAUUACAUUAUACAGUCCUGUACUAUUCUAUUACAUUAUACAGUCCUGUACUAUUCUAUUACAUUAUACAGUCCUGUACUAUUCUAUUACAUUAUACAGUACUGUACUAUUCUAUUACAUUAUACAGUCCUGUACUAUUCUAUUACAUUAUACAGUCCUGUACUAUUCUAUUACAUUAUACAGUCCUGUACUAUUCUAUUACAUUAUACAGUCCUGUACUAUUCUAUUACAUUAUAAAGUCCUGUACU